CCGCAGCCCCCGCGGCCCCGCGGUCAGCCGGGCUGGCUCAUGGUCCCCGAAGCGGCGGGCCGGGCGGAGGCUCCUGCGGCCGCUGGGCCCACGGGGAUGCCCCGCGGGUGAGGCAGCCCCCAGCUUUCAGCCGCGUUCAUGGCGGUGGCCAGGAAGAUCAAAACUUUGCUGACGGUCAACAUCCUGGUGUUCGUGGGCAUCAUCCUCUUCUCCGUGUACUGCCGCCUGCAGGACCGCUCCGAGGGGCUGGUGCAGAUCGUGCGCAGCGCCGACCGCCGCGUGCGGAGCCGGCACGCCAAGGUGGGCGCGCUGGUGGACCGCGACGCCAUCCUGCAGCGCCUGGACCACCUGGAGGAGGUGGUCUACAACCAGCUGAAUGGCCUCGCCAAGCCCAUCGGCCUGGUGGAGGGCCCCGGGGGCCUGGGCCAGGGCGGCAUGGCGGCCACGCUGCGGGAGGACAGCCGGGAGACGGAGAGCAAGUACGAGGAAUACGGGUACAACGCUCAGCUCAGCGACCGCAUCUCCCUGGACAGGACCAUCCCGGACUACAGGCCCAAAAAGUGCCGACAGGUGACCCAUGACGCCGACCUGCCCCAGAUCUCCGUGGUCUUCAUCUUUGUCAAUGAGGCCCUCUCCGUCAUCCUGCGCUCCGUGCACAGUGUGGUCAACCGCACGCCCUCACGGCUCCUCAAGGAGGUCAUCCUGGUGGACGACAACAGUGACAGUGUGGAGCUCAAAGCCAGCCUGGACCAGUAUGUCAACAGGCGGUACCCGGGCCUGGUGAAGAUCGUCCGCAACAACCGGAGGGAAGGCUUGAUCCGGGCGCGGCUGCAGGGCUGGAAAGUGGCCACGGCCCCCGUGGUCGGCUUUUUCGACGCCCACGUGGAGUUCGGCAUGGGCUGGGCUGAGCCCGCGCUCUCGCGGAUCCAGGAGGACCGCCGGCGCAUCGUGCUGCCGGCCAUCGACAACAUCAAGUACGACACGUUUGAGGUGCAGCAGUACGCCAGUGCGGCCCACGGCUACAACUGGGGCCUCUGGUGCAUGUACAUCAUCCCGCCGCAGGACUGGCUGGACCGCGGGGACGAGGCCGCGCCCAUCCGGACCCCCGCCAUGAUCGGCUGCUCAUUCGUGGUGGACCGGGAGUACUUUGGGGACAUUGGGCUGCUGGACCCAGGCAUGGAGGUGUACGGCGGCGAGAACAUCGAGCUGGGCAUGAGGGUGUGGCAGUGCGGCGGCAGCAUGGAGGUGCUCCCCUGCUCCCGCGUGGCCCACAUCGAGCGUACCAAGAAGCCCUACAACAACGACAUCGACUACUAUGCCAAGCGCAACGCCCUGCGGGCAGCUGAGGUGUGGAUGGACAGCUUCAAGUCCCAUGUGUACAUGGCCUGGAACAUCCCCAUGACCAACCCAGGGGUGGACUUCGGGGACGUGUCCGAGCGGCUGGCCCUGCGCCAGCGGCUGAAAUGCCGCAGCUUCAAGUGGUACCUGGAGAACGUGUACCCGGAGAUGAGGACCUACAACGACACCCUCACGUACGGAGAGGUGAGAAACAGCAAAGCCAGCGGCUACUGCCUGGACCAGGGAGCAGAGGACGAUGACCGCGUGAUCCUCUAUCCCUGCCACGGCAUGGCCUCCCAGCUGGUGAGGUACAGCACAGAGGGAUUGCUGCAGCUGGGCCCCCUGGGCUCCACCGCCUUCCUGCCCGACUCCAAGUGUCUGGUGGAUGAGGGCAGGACCCGCGCGCCCGCCCUGAAGAAGUGUGAAGACGUGGCCCGGCCUGCGCAGCGGCUGUGGGACUUCACCCAGAGUGGUCCCAUCGUGAGCCGGGACACCGGCAGGUGCCUGGAGGUGGAAAUGUCCAAAGACGCCAACUUCGGGCUGCGGCUGGUGGUGCAGAGGUGUUCGGGGCAGAAGUGGACCAUCAGAAACUGGAUCAAGCACGGGCGGCACUGACCCCCAGCCCCACCCCACACCCC